CGAGCGCCGCGGCGAUGAAGGCUGAUCCCACUUCUCGCCGCCAAGUGCGGGACUUCAACGGCUUAAUCACCUGCUCAGUCUGUCAGGGGUACAUCAUAGAGGCUACCACUAUCACUGAGUGUCUGCACACAUUCUGUCGCUCGUGCAUCCUGAAGCACCUGGAGAAGAGCAAUCUCUGCCCCACGUGCUUCCUGAAGCCCGUGACGGUAGCCAGUCUGCGGCCGGACAGAAUCCUCAAGACGCUCAUUUACAAGCUCGUGCCGGGCUUGUAUCAGUCGGAGGUCCAGCGCGUGGCGGAGUUCCACGGCGGCGCCCUGGCGGGCAAGCUGUCCGCCGGCCGGAGGCGCUUCAGCGGCCUCGUGGGCAUCCCGUCACCCGAGGGAAAGGCCUCACACGAUGAUGACAUCAAUCACAAUAUCAGCAGCAAGAAGAGCGAGUCUGAACACUCUGACGAUGCGGACUUCUUUCAUCCCGAGGAGCCCAUCAGUUUGUCAAUGGAGUAUCACCCCGAGGCUGCGGUGACUCUGGGCGGCCAGAAGGCCUCCAUUCCGCCCAUCAGGUAUCUGCAGUGCCCCGCCGCGGUGACCGUGUGGCACUUGCAGCGCUUCAUCUCCACCAAGUUCGACCUGAAGCCCAGCCUGAUGCUCGUGGAGAUCAUCUAUGAGGAUGAGAUUCUGCCGCGAGACUUCAGUCUGAUGGACGUGGCUUACUGCUACAACUGGAAGAGGGUGGCCCCGAUGCGAUUUUACUAUCGUAUUUUUAUGCAAACACCCGAGAAGAGUGGGACAACAGAUAAAAAUAGAAACUACAUGACGAAGGCGGACGAGAAGAAGGAAGUGAAGGCUAAAAUCGGCGCGGAAAAGAAGAUGGAAGAUGUGAAGAAGGGCAAGGAGGCCAGUGGUGGAGUCAUGAAGACAUUUCUUGCCACCACUGAGACGAAGACGCGCGAUGAGUUUGAGUUUGUGGACGAGACGGCGGUGAAGAAUGAGAGUCAGCAGUACAAUUCGCUGACCAGGCGUGCGGCUGGUGUUCCGAUUCGGGAUAAUGUGCCAAAUGUGCGCAUUGAGAAGAUGAAGCUUGAGGAUGGCGUGAAGACGGUCAAGUUGACGAUGAUCAGUCCCAAAUCCGAGACGACUAAUGCGAAGCCCAAGUUCAAGAUUGAAUCUGCACAGGUGAAUGACUUCAAGCGACUGAGGAGCAAUGAUAGUGAAUUUGGUGAUGUUAAGCCACAGAGUGUUGUCGUUCCGGAGACCAAGUCAAAGACCAAAGUGAGCGCUCAGUCGAGCGCGAAGCCCUCGGCCAGGGAGAAGAAGAGCCCAUCGGAUGGGAAGAGGCGGAAUGCGGACGAUGACAGUCCGGAUGAGUUGUCGUGUUCGAAGAGUAGCACGAAAAAGUGUUACAUUAACAGGAAUAAGAAAUCACAGCAUGAACUGGAGAAUGGUACAAAGCAGCCCAAUCUGCCAACACUCAAAGUCGAUUUGACGAGUCUUAAGACCAAAAUUACUCUGCCCAAGGCGGAGAAAUCGCCGGACUUGAAGCUUUCGGAGCGACCGAGGACGGAAAUUGAGGAGACGAGUCCCAAUAAGUACGAAUAUGUGAAGAACAUUGGUCUCCUGCCGAUCUCUGACGUGUUGGAGGCGAGAAAAGCCAAAUCCGAGGCGGCCAUUGUGCCGGUGAAGGAGAAGAAGCGCAAGAAGAUGAAGCAUUCGAAGGAGCCCAGUGAGAAACGUCCUAAACUGCAUGCUGAGAUGAUCCCCAAUGAGAAGGAACCCAUCAAGCUGAAGCUGAAGUUUACUAACAGCAAACCUAGUAAGAAUGAGAAGAAGACUCCGAAUGGAACAGGAGAAAUUCCCAAGAUUUCCAUCCCACUUCCUAUUCCAAUACAGCCGAAGACCUCUAAGGAUUCCGUGGCUGAGAUGAGGAAGGUGAGACACAAGUCACACUCAUCAGUCAACACUGCUCUCAACAGAACACUGUCGGAACAGUCAGCGGCGAUACAGAGUCUCGUGCGCCGCAUGAGUGUGGAUCUACCACAAUUGCCCUACAUUCCGCCGACUUCUAACAAAUCAGUCAGUAGUCCUCCGCAACCCAAGCCUGCUCCAGUUCAAACCACCAAGCCAAGUCCACCGCAGAGUCCCAGAGUCAAUUCCACGCAGGCUAUGCAUGUGAAGCCUGCAGCUCCUAAGGCCUAUCCUGGCCUGCUCUCGCCCAAGGCUGCAGACCGGGGAAGUAGGUUCAGCUUCCCCAUGACUUCGCCGACCUACAACGCCAGACCGGCGUCUUUUCCGCCAUAUCCUAUGCCUCUGUCGCGACCCCUACCCCCGCCAAAGACAGCCACAUCGACCUUCACUGCAUCCAGUACAAAGCCCCUGGUCAGCGUCCUGAAGAGAUCCUCGAGCCUAGACGCCUGUCCUGUGGCUCCGAAGCACGUGCGCAUCGAAGAGCCGCCCGUCAGGACUCAGAUGCCGCCUCUGAAUCGCACCAACUCCUCCCCGCCAAAGUCUCCGGAAAAGUCGCCCUUCUACACCUCCACAAUGAGUUCCACCUACACCCAUGAGAACAACGUGAAGAAGCCCUUGCCGAUGCUGCUGCCGCCAUCUUCGAUCAGUGUGACCAAGAUGAGUGACGUGCCGAAUGCUUCAGCGCCGGUGAGCAAUGACAAGAGACCAGCUGUGGAGAUUGUGAGGAUCAAUUCCAGCACGCCGGCUAUUGAUCAGCAGAAGAUGCCGAGUCAGAAGACCAUAAGACCACCGCCAGCCACAAUUCCACUGGUGAAGAUCAAGAAGUCAGCAGCCAACACUCCAACCGUGGCCGCCAAGCCAGCAACUUCGCCGCCAAUUGUCAGUUCCACGACAACGCUCACGGUGAACAACAACAAGGUUCCGCCAUUGAACAUCUCAGUGGCGAAUUUGAAGAGUCAAAGUGCUGAGAAGGACCGCGAAGGCGCCGGUCCUCCGAUGUGUGACAACAUUGGCGCUCUGGAUCUGUCUGGCAAGUCCAGCAGGAGUCCAAGUUUGGAGAAGAGUCCGACCGCGUUCAGUGCUGAGGAGAAAUUGCCUCCGAGCAGCAAGAAGGCGAGUGAGGAGACCAAAGCAACAGUGCCGAGCAAGCCUUGUCCGCUGCCAAUGCCCAAGCUCAAUGAGAUCACGAAAGUGCGGCCGCCGAGCACAACGGCCCUGAUGCGACAGCAGAAUCCCUCAGUUCGAAGCAUUCCAAAUCCUUCGGCACUGGCGUUUAGGAACCAAGUUCUACCUGUACCUCCGGAGAGCAAGACGCCCAAGAGCACAGUCGCGCCUCUCCAAUCUACCUCAGUGACCAACUCUGUUGCCAACACAGUGACGUCGGAGAAGCCAAAGGUGACCACUCCGGAUCUCGUGGCAAGCACCAAGACUCCCAUCGUGAGUCACAAGCCGGCGCCGAAGCUGGAGACGCCCGAGGUGGUGAGUAUCAAGAAGAACACCAUCGAGCAGGUCGCCGCCACCUUGAGAGCUGCAGCCGGAGAUCCGCUCACCAAGGUAACCAAAUUGAAUUAGAGAGUCUUGAUAUUUCGUCGGCAUUGUCAGUAUUUACGCUGUUUGCAUUUUGACAGGAUUGACAAUU